AUGGACCAGGCGUUUGUUGAACUGAGUUGGCAGUUCGUCAAGGACUCAAUUUGGCUGCUUAAAAGAUGCACCAAACCUGAUAGAAAAGGAUUCCAGAAGAUUGCCAUGGCCACAGCCAUAGGAUUUACUGUCAUGGGAUUCACUGGCUUCUUUGUGAAACUGAUCCAUAUCCCUGUUGAUAACAUUAUUGUGGGUGGCUGA